UGUUUCAUAAAAAUUGGCUACAGGAGCCUUGAAAAGAAGUAGCUGUGGGCUGGACAAAAACACAAAUUAUACAAAUAAACACAAAAUGAGAUAUUGAAUCUCUUACAAUUAUUCAACCAUGGACACAAUGUCCUCACAAAAAUGAGGCGCUUUUGUCCAAUCUAGUUUCAACUCGAGGCACCAAAGCUCCUACUCCUCCUCCCGACUAGGCUACUUGCCUCCUUGAAGCACCUUGAUGGUGUUAUGUUGCACUUUAGGGCAAAUCUAUUUGUGUCCUUGGGGAAUGAGUCCAAAAUUCUGCAUAGAUCAUUUUCCUAUAUGACCUCCGCAGCUACCUGCGUAGGCCAAUCAGGGGCCUCCAUGCAGUCCAGAAGCCCUUUCCUUCAGCAUUUUCUUUCCAACUUCUUAAUGAAGUUCUUACAGCCCCUCUCUUGUGAAAGAAGACCACAUAUUCCAACUCCAACUCCAUGGGAAUGGUCAUAGUUUCCUCCGUCGGUGGCACAAUUCCCACCAAUGGGAUUUCAGGACAUGCCAGCAGUGUACCACUAACCGCCGGCAAAGAUCCAUUUUUUCUUUUUCUUCCCUUGUGCUAUGAGAGGGUAGAGUUCUAUUGUUUUAUCCGGAAGAUCUUCCCUCCCUCCCACGGCCUUCGGUGGGCCUCCAUUGUUGCCAACCUUCUUCCUCUUACAGCCCUUUUUUUUUUGAGGAGGUUUCCACCGCGACUGUUUCUAUCCCCCAUUCCGACUGGAGAGAGGUAGAUUCCUUUGUCACCAACUGUUCCAGGACCUUGCUCUGAUCCUGGAGAUAGUUUUUUUUAAAUAUGGCCUGGUUCCAGGUACAGGUGACACUUCGGGCCCUCAAGUAUCACCAGAUACCUGUUUCUGGCCAUCCUUAAAAAAAUCUGGAAACACCAGAUCUUUUGCGGCUGAUUGCGUCCACAAGGUCAAAACAGCUUUUGACUCAACCUAAUCAGCCGUCGGCAAUAACUUCACAUUUAAUAGUUUGGGUCCUCUGCCACCCAGACCCUGGAGGAAAGUGUCCCCUAUCCACUUGGGCUCCAUCCAGGGUGGCAGCCCGCAGACCCAAGCUCUUGUCAGUUGGUACUUCAUAAUACCACACUGUCAAAUUUUGUCCAUUUUUAAGAGAAGCCGCGACUAGUUACUUUUGAAGUCUUCUUAGAACUGUGAAUUGUCAGUUUAUCUGGAAGGAAGCAAUGCCAUUAUUGAUAAGGGGAGUUGAAAUUAAUGCACAAAAGAUUUCACAGCUCUAGCAGGAUUCCUUCAUAGUCAGCAUAUGAACUUUUCAGCCCACCUUUGUACAGGCGAGAAACCAUAUCAUGUGAUAUCUGUUGUGAAUCAUUCUCUUUCAAAGAGGUAAGCUCUUUAGACACUGAUGCAUUCAUACAGGUGAGAGACCAUAUUAUGGUGAUCAUCAUCAUCAUCAUCAUCAUCGUUUAACGUCCGCUUUCCAUGCUAGCAUGGGUUGGACGAUUUGACUGAGGACUGGUGAAACCGGAUGGCAACACCAGGCUCCAGUCUAAUUUGGCAGAGUUUCUACAGCUGGAUGCCCUUCCUAACGCCAACCACUCAGAGAGUGUAGUGGGUGCUUUUACGUGUCACCCGCACGAAAAUGGCCACGCUCGAAAUGGUGUCUUUUAUGUGCCACCUGCACAAGCCAGUCCAGGGGCACUGGCAACGAUCUCGCUCGAAAAUCCUACGGGAGCCAGUCAGACGGUACUGGCAAUGGCCACGCUCAAAAUGGUGCAUCUCAUGUGCCACCCGCACAAGAACCAGUCCAGGGGCACUGGCAACGAUCUUACUUGGCUUGCCGGGUCUUCUCACGCACAGCACAUAAAAUUAUCACUGAACUAAACACAAGCACUUUCAUACUGGAUAGAAGCCUUAUUGGUGUCAUGUGCAUGAUGGAUCCUUCUCUUGAAAUGGUACAUUAUCUUUUCGUGUACACAUUCAUACGGGAGAAAAGCCUUACUGCUGUCAUUUACGUAGUAAAUCCUAAUCUUGAAACUGAGACUUAACUACUCACAUAUGUAUUCACACUGGAGAAAAACCAUACCACUCUUCAGAGAGACUUUCUUGGCUCGGUGAUACUCUCUUUUAGCCAACAGCUCCUCAGAGUUUUAAAAUUUCUGGCCAUCCAGAGAAUAUUGUUUGGAUUUUGAAGCUAUGGGUUGCAAUCAAUUGUGAAAUAACCAAACAGAGAAAUGGGUGGUACAGAAGCUGUAGUGAGACUGCAGGCAGUUGGAGUAGGCUUAAUUCCCGCAAGUAGAAUCUCUCAAGAGAAGAGUAGUGCUUAAGGAAGUUUUUGUCCCAGGGUGACAUCACAACAAAAGUUUGGGGUGACAGAGAAUGUGACAGUCAAAAUAAUCAAUCGAAAAUUAUACUGACUACUUCCAUCAGUUAAUUCUACGUUAUUUUGUUAAUUUUACAAGUUAAUUUCUUGUUAUCUUGCUGAAUUUACAAAUUAUGCAGUGUUUGGAACAUGGUAUAUGUUCUGUUAUGUGUUUAGAACACAGUCUAUGCUCUGUAAAAUUUGAUCGUUAAUAAUUUCACUUAGCACUGCAGUAAGUAGUACAUACAAGGUGCAUUCUGUAAGUUUUGAGACUUUUACAGGAAAGGCAUUUUUUUAAUUUCAAAAAGGUCCAAAACUCUUAUCCUUUUCUAAGUAGGAUCCACCGACUUCAUUGCACUUGCUGUAGUGCUCCAGCCACUUUGUGAAGGGCUUCCAUGAAAGUCCUCCAAAGUGAAGGUGUCCAGGACACGUGUCACAUUCUUUCAUCUCUUUCAACUUGGGGAAGGACCAAAAGUCACAGGGAACAAGGUCUGGAUUUUAGGAAGAGCGAGGAAUACUUUUGAUGCCCAUCUCUGUGAAAAGUAGUUGGUUACCAGGAUGGAAUUGUGAACAGGUGCAUUGUCCUGGUGCAGGUACUUUGAUAUGGCAAACUGUGAUGCUCUCUGGGAAGCCCUCAACAAAUCUGGGUGGUGCCCCCAAAAAGAUGGUCAGAGAAAUGAGAUGGUAUGAUGGCCUCUGUGGGGUGGAAGGUGGUUCAGCUUUUUAUACAUUCCUUAUGAAGAAUGGAACCAAGCAGGGUUGUGUAAUGGCCAUUGUCUUGUUUGCAGUUUACUUCUCAGCCCUGCUACAUUCAGAGAUGUUAACAAAGGUGCGCUUAUCCAGUUUAGGACAGAUGGAAACAUUUUGAAUCCACACCGCCUGGGAGCCAGACCCCGAACGAUAAGGCUUCAUUCUGGAAAUGUAAACGUCAUUUUAUGGGUCAAGGCUUAGUGGUCAGGGUGUUGGACUCAUGAUAGUAAUAUUGUGGUUUUGAUCCCUGGACUGAGUGAUGCAUUGCGUUCUUGAGCAAGACAUUUCAUUUCAUGUUGCUCCAGACCACUCAGCUGGUAAAAAUGAGUAAUCCUGCGACAGACCGGCAUCCUGUCUAAGGAAGAAUACAUAUGCCAGAGAAACCAGGAAACUGCACCUAUGUUCCUUACAGAGUAAUGUGGACUUAGCAAAUGUCAUUUUUUGUCUCUCUGCCAAACAAUCAUCCAGUCUAUCAGAUGCCACUGUUAUAAUCUGUGAUGCCUCCAAGUUGCCUGUCUUGUUGGAAAACUAUAUUAGUAAUUGUUACUUUUAACUUUCUGUGUUUUUCCAGGAGGAGGUGACCAUUAAGGUUCUGCCUUCCAGUGUAAUUCUUUGCUGGUACUUUCUUCUGUGUAGAGUCAUCCUUAUCAAUUUAGGCAUUGAAGCCUUCCAGGAGGAUUAGCUUUGGUGCGUGCAUUGACAGACAGCUCAACCAACACACUAACCGAACCACGUAUUUACAAACACCGGGAACUUUCUUGACUCAAAAAGUCUUGUCGCUUUGUUAGCAACCAGCUUCAACUCUCUCAGGAAGAACUUGACUAUGAGCCCUCUCGUACCUCUGGUAUUGGUGCUUUUCCUUGACAGACUACUCCAGCAAUCUCAUGAAGUUUCCAUUUUCUGUCACACUUUAUGGUCUUGUUGUUGCGUCUGACUUUCUCAUUCUCAGCCAUAAGCAAUGUGGUGAUUGCUCUUGUUUUUGCGGUUUUGAAUUCCUCUGCUACCGAGGAAAUUAGUUUGUGGAGCUUAGAGAGGUCUUACUGAACAAACAGAGCUGAAAUUUGGGGCAAUGCUUAGCCAUCUUCAUAUGAGCUUACUACACAGCUUUUCCAUUGCCUGUGUCCAAGUCUUUAAAAAGUUAUAAAGUGAAAAUGGCCACUGCAGUCUAGGUAUGAUGUCAUACUGGAAACACCAUACUUUGAACCUUCCAAACAACUGGCUUUUAUCAACUGCCAUUCGCUGGUUGUCUAGUUCGGUUUUGGUGUCUUCAGCAUUACCAGUAUCCUUAAGAGUAUGAUAGCAGACUCCUUUUUCUUGGAGUGUUGGAACCCCAGAGCCCUGAAGGUGUCAUCUUCAGCUUUCUUUUUAAGGAAACUUUUCAAGCUUUCAUUUCAUAUUUCAAAAAAAUAUUCAAACAGUGAAAAUUUCAAAAGAAAACCAGAUUUAAUAGUUUUAUCAGUUGAUGAUCAGAAAUGAAUAACUCUGACCACUGGCUAUUGGAACCUUUCUGUUAUAAUGUAUUAAAGAAUGCUCUAACUUUGUAUUGUGUCCUGUAAUUUAUUGCUUCUGAUAAAUCAACAGAUAUGGAUCAAAACAGUUUGAUUGAAAUUUCUUGGUGAUACUAAUCCUCAGCUAUUGAAAGUUUCAAAUUUCCAUCACGCUUUGAAAUUCGGAGUACCAAGGAAUAUCAAACUGUUUUGAUCCAUAUAUAUAACUCCCAAUAAAUGUAUUGAGUGCCCAUCUUUCAUUUGUCCACUCACUCGUAUAUGUAUAUCAGGCUGAGUAGAAAGUAAGCAACGUUUUGAAACAUGAAAUUCAUCACAAUAUAUUUCAAAUACAAAGACUCACACGCAUAUAUAUAUAUACAAAUAAAAGGGUAAAGGAUUAUCAAUUUAUUAAUUAAUUAAUAAUUAAUAAUUUUUACCAAGCCCUUCGGUAUGUAAACACCAUUAUUUGUGAAGAACUUAUUUAAAAGUUCUUAUACAUUUAUAAACAUAAUUAAGGGAUCAGCAACAGCUGCUUAUCCCUUAAUUAUGUGUAUCAUCAUCAUCGUUUAACGUCCGCUUUCCAUGCUAGCAUGGGUUGGACGAUUUGACUGAGGACUGGUGAAACCGGAUGGCAACACCAGGCUCCAAUCUAAUUUGGCAGAGUUUCUACAGCUGGAUGCCCUUCCUAACGCCAACCACUCAGAGAGUGUAUAUAUAUAUAUAUAUUAUAAUAUUAGGGAUAAAAAUCCUUGAACUCUACAUCUUUCCCAUCUGGAUGUUCUUCAAGUCCUCAAACAAAGACAACACUUUCUCUUGAAUGAUUUCUUGGCUAAUAGUAGCACAUUGACGAUUCAGCCUAUCAAUCCAAAGAGAAAGAAGACUUUCCAUUUCUUCAAAUAUUUGCCUCUUUUCUUAUAGGUUACAGUGUUCUUCACCCCUGGAGCUUCAGAUUUGACAUGUGCUAAAAUCUAUGUAUAUAUAUACGUGUGUGUGUGUGUGUGAGCAUUUCUUUGUAAUGGACAGCAGAAACGCAUGUGAACACCUGUUGUCAACUUACCAAUGUAUGUAUGUAUGUAUAUACGUGUGUUUGUGUGAGCAUUUCUUUGUGAUGGACAGCUGAAACGCAGCAUGUGAACACCUGUUGCCAACUUACCAACCCUCUCUCUCUCUCUCCUAAAAACUACGUAUUCUUCACAUCCAUCUUUCUUUCCCUUUGGUAUUUUAAUUUACUUAUUGGUGUGUGUCUAUGUAUUCAUAUGCAUGCAGCGCCCAUCAUAAUAUAUUUUCAUCUUUCACCACAAAGCUCCGCCCACUGUUUGGAAAUUUCCAAAUUUAGAUUCUUUCAUUCAACUUCUAUUUUACUCCUCUCAUUCAAGUUCUAGCGUAACUAGACUGUGUGCCACCCGGGCCGGACCCCACAAAAAAAUACAUAUUGCCUAGACCCAAAUGUGCCACCCGGGGGCCUACCGCCCCACCCCCUAACUACGCUAGUGCCUCACACCUUCCUUAUACAACAGCAAAAAUAACCCAACGAUAGUCAAGAGUUUCAGAAGUUAUAACAUCAAAUUAUUUCCCAUCAUCCCUUUACACACCAACACCCUAUUUGUUAUGCCACGUCACCUACUGCUGCCGUUUCCACCCACGUUAACAGCAGGUCGUGAUACUGACAACCUCAACCAAUCACCAAUAUGAUUAUAAUUGGCUCAGAAAUCACUUCCAAACUAUGUCUUGACCAUAACAUGCAUGGAUAUCUUACUGAAUGCAACACAUUUCUCCAGACUCUUCGAUUAUUUUCUUUCUUGCAUUUGAAGAGCGGGUUUUUUUCUUGAAAUAUUAUAAAGCUAUUAAACAACCUAUGUAAGAUUUUCUACAAAUUAGUUACGAAAGAAAUGGACAAAAAGAUAGUGAUCCCAAUUUUGUCUAUGUGCACCGUUAUUUCCAUGUAUGUUGUAUGGAAGUUUUUUCUGAACAGUGGCAAUAUUAAACAAGUAGUCGAAAUGCACCUUAAAUACUUGGUUGAUUCGGAACAGUGUCGGAUUCCCAAUAUUAAUCCAUUCGAUACUUCUGUACGUAAACAUUUCCGGAUAAGUAAAUGGCGACCCUGUCCGGGUAACGCUUCUUUGACGUAUCAGGAGAAUAAUAUUUUAAGAAUUAAUAAGACUGUUAUCAAACAACAAUACAAAAACGAUUAUCCUUUAUGUAAAAUAUAUCCAAUAUUGAGACUUGAUAUUGACGAUGAUCAUAUCGAAUAUAUGAACGAAUCCUUACAGUUUAAAGAAGACGUGAAUAUAUCUCAUGAAUUCAUAAAAGUUCAAUGUUUUGAUAGAGAUAAUAAAAAAAUCUAUGUCAAUUUCCAUGCCUUUGUUCAGAUGAAGGAAUUACCGCACGCAGAUAGAUCGAAUAAUACCUAUGACAAUGCCAUUAUCUCCUCAGAUGAUUCUGUGAAAAACAGUCACUCUACAAAUUCCGUUGAUAAAGAAAACAAGCUUUCAUUAAAUGUUCUUUUAAUAGGAGUUGAUUCAGUUUCGCGACUGAACUUCAUACGACAAAUGUCACUAACUCGUCGAUUCUUAUUAGAUCAUGGAGCUAUUGAGAUGCUUGGUUACAAUAAAGUGGCUGAUAAUACAUAUUCCAACAUGAUACCAUUUCUUACUGGUAAAUAUGAAGACGAACUACCUGAAUCAAAGAACCUAGAUUUGAUACCGUUUGAUGAAUACGAUAUAAUUUGGAAACAUUACAAUAAAUCCGGUUACGUUACUAUGUUUACAGAAGAUUCAACAUCUGGAGCCAUGUUUAACUAUCUAAAAUUCGGUUUUAAGAAACAACCGACAGACCAUUACUUCAGGCCAUUUGCACUAGAAAGAGAGAAAGAACAUAGCUUUUGGUCAAAUAAUGGGUUUUGUUUUGGUAAUCGUAUGGAAGUAGCUAUUAAUUUACAAUAUACAUAUGAUUUUAUUAGAGUCUAUAAAGAUAAACCAUAUUUCACUUUAACAUUCAUCACACGCAUUUCACAUGAUGACAUGAAUAAGGCUGGACGAGGAGACUUUGAAUAUCUAAAGUUCCUUCAGAAAUCUUCUAAUCAAAAUCUACUAAACAAUACUAUUUUGUUUUUCUUUUCUGAUCAUGGAUUUAGAUAUGGCCAGUUUCGUGAAACUUAUGUCGGUCGACUGGAAGAACGGCUUCCUACUAUGUAUGUACUUCCGCCUGAAUGGUUCAGGGAUAAAUUUCCUACUUUAUGGAAUAAUCUUAGAGUAAACACUCACAGACUAACAACACCGUUUGAUAUAUAUGAAACCCUACAAGAUAUCUUGGAUAUCGAAAAAGCAGAAGAACGUUCUAAAUCUAAUGAAGUUGACAAUAAAAAUCUAAUACGAAUCAGCCUCUUCAGAAAGAUACCUUUAAACCGUUCUUGUGAGAGCGCCGCUAUUAAACCACAUUGGUGUACGUGUCACUUCUUUACUUCAGUUGCUGUUAAUAAUACAAUUGUAAUUAUCGUAGCUAAUUAUCUCGUGAGUUAUAUAAACAAUAUGAUAUUAAAUUCUAGUAAAUUGUGUGCCAAAUUAGAAUUACAGAAAAUUAUAAAUGCUGAAGUCUCAGUUUCUUACUUUGGUAACCAAGUACAGACUCAUAAAGAUUACCGAGUUAUAAUCCAAACACAUCCUGGAGGAGGUUUAUUUGAAGGAACAGAAAGAUAUUACAGUAAUGAUAAACAAUUAUCACUGAUGGGAGAGAUUAGUCGAAUAAACCGCUAUGGAAAUCAGUCAGAUUGUAUUCACGACAAUCUCUUAAGAAAAUAUUGCUACUGUAACAGAUAGCAUUGCAAUAUUUCACUUCUAGCAUACUUGUUUCAUCAAAUAUGCUGGCAGUUUUUAUUUAAUGAUAGAAAAUGGUAUAUCGACACAAUGGGAGAAACCAUUGCUAAAUGUCUUUAAUCUAGUAAAUAUAUGGACAUACAAAGAAUUGAAGCACUUGAGGAAUAUCAGAUACAGUUGUGCCGUCUCGGUUGAAAAUAUCGUACAUAUAAUGUAUGUAUGUGUGUAUUAUAUAUAUAUAUAUAUAUAUAUAUAUGUAUUUGUUCAUAUGAUGAUAUCUCCACAAUGUGUUGAUGAUGAGAAAAACAUGUAAUCGUUACCAAUAUAGCAAGAGAUUCAUCCGCAAAAAAUCUAAAGUAGACUCCU